AUGGUUGUCGUGGGCAACAUCUAUGUGAUCGCGGCCGUCGCCGUCAUUGGCGGCGGUCUCUUCGGUUUCGAUAUCUCGUCCAUGUCGGCGAUCCUCGAAACCCCAGCCUACAAGUGUUAUUUCAACCACGGGCCCAAGGGUCCCCCGUUCAACAAUGAUGACGACUGCAGUGGUCUGAGCUCGUUGUCGCAGGGUGGUGUGACCGCCGCCAUGCCUGGUGGCUCGUGGCUGGGAGCUCUCAUCUCUGGUUUUAUCUCGGAUCGUCUGGGUCGCAAGUAUUCCAUUAUGAUUGGCUGUAUUAUCUGGGUUAUCGGCUCCGCUAUUAUUUGCGCGUCGCAGAACAUGGGCAUGCUGAUUGCUGGUCGUGUGAUCAACGGUCUCGCUGUCGGUAUUGAGUCUGCACAGGUCCCCGUGUAUAUCUCCGAGAUCUCCCCGCCCUCCAAGCGUGGUCGUCUUGUUGGCUCCCAACAGUGGGCCAUUACCUGGGGAAUCCUGAUCAUGUACUAUAUCUCCUUUGGAUGCUCGUACAUCGGCGGCAAGACGUCCAAGGAUUAUAGCGAAUCCGUUUUCCGAAUCCCCUGGGGUGUCCAGAUGGUUCCCGCGGUUCUUCUCUUCCUGGGUAUGAUCUUCUUGCCGGAAUCUCCCCGUUGGCUGGCCCGCAAGGAUCGCUGGGAAGAGUGCCAGUCGGUGCUGGCUCUGGUCCACGGCAAGGGCGACCCCAGCAGUCCGUUUGUGAUUGCCGAGAUGCAGGAGAUUCGUGAGAUGUGCGAAUUCGAGCGCCAGAACAAGGAUGUCUCGUACAUGGAGCUGUUCAGGCCGGGCAUGAUCAACCGGACUGUGAUUGGUAUUUUCACUCAGAUCUGGUCCCAGCUGACUGGCAUGAACGUCAUGAUGUACUACAUCACCUAUGUCUUCUCCAUGGCUGGCUAUGAAGGGGACGCGACCCUGUUGGCUUCGUCGAUCCAGUACAUCAUCAACGUGGUCAUGACCGUGCCCGCCCUGAUCUGGGUGGACCGCUGGGGUCGCCGACCCACGCUCCUGAUCGGUGCCACGUUCAUGAUGAUCUGGAUGUACGCCAACGCCGGUAUCAUGGCCUCAUACGGCGAGGUCGUAGAGGGCGGUAUCAAGGGCGUGGAAGAGGAGUCGAUGCGGUUGACCGGUGCGCCGGCCAAGGGCUUGAUCGCCUGCACGUAUCUCUUCGUCGCCUCAUACGCGCCGUCCUGGGGCCCUGUGUCGUGGGUGUACCCGCCGGAGCUGUACCCGCUGCGUGUGCGCGGCAAGGCCGUGGCGCUGGCCACCUCGUCGAACUGGGCGUUCAACACUGCACUGGGGCUGUUCGUGCCGCCGGCCUUUGCCAACAUCCGCUGGCAAACCUACAUCAUCUUCGGUGUUUUCCUGACCGCCAUGUGGCUGCAUGUGUUCUUCAUGUUCCCUGAGACUGCGGGCAAGUCCCUUGAGGAAAUCGAGCAAAUCUUCGAAGACCCCAACGGCAUCCCGUACAUCGGGACCCCGGCCUGGAAGACUUUCCAUGACACCAAGCGCACGGUGGCCGCCGAAGCCGGUGAUGUCGAGGUCCUGGGUGAGAGACUGGGUGCUGAGAAGCGUGCUACCUCGCACGCCGAGGUUGCCGAGGACUAA